AUUUUGGUCGCGCUAUUUUAGGACAUUGGUAUAACGCAGUGGGAUGAACUAAGGCGAUGUCGUCUGAAGCCACGCCACUAACACGCGCCUCCGUCCGACGAAGUUCGUCCGUGUCACCAGCCAAAGGAAAGCAAUCUCUGCUUCGAACAGGGUCCAUUAACUUUGGGGCAGCGUCUGCGUUCUCAUCCGUGUCAUCCAUUACGCAGACCUCCUCCUCCCCCUCGUCGGCCCAUUCGACCCCUCCAGACUCGCCCGUCAACAAACCGCGGUACAUGUGGGAAACAGCCACAUCGUCUUUUCGAACGGUGGUCAAGCAAGCAGAGCUCGCCAAGGAGAAACCCCCCAUGUACUUUACGGACAUCCACACCAUGGCGAAAAAGGAGGACAGCCACGUGAUCGCAGGACUCUUGGCGCAGCUGGCCGAGAAAGAAGCUGUGAUUAUGGAGCAAGCCGCCGCCAUCGACAGCAAGGACGUCCUCAUCCAGAAAUUCACAGCCACAUGUGAUCGCUUAAAACACGACUGUGAAGCCCUGGCCGACAAGGCGUUCGAGUGGAAACUGCAGUACGUGGCCCUUGCCGCAGCCAAUGCUGCCGCACCGACAGAAACGUCCGCCGCCCAUGCGUUGACUGGCCAAGCUGUGGACGACAUCGACGUCACGCGUGCAUCUCCCGCACCAGUUGACGGAGGAGGUGAAUGGCGCCCGGCGCUCUCCCGACGUGCUAGCCGGAACAGAUCUCGUCACUUAGGUAGUCUAUAGCCAACUGGCCUUGAUAAACCGUAACCAUCCGCUACCACACACUGCAUGGUCACUUGGUCACCAGUCAGCG